AUGCCCAGCCAUCAGCAAGGCGUAUUUUCACUGAACUACAUGAGCAGAAUUCGAUUCUUGCUCAAUUUGAUUGCAUCCUGGCCUAACCAAGAAUUUGGCGGCUCAAAAAGUUGGGGGCUAGCGUCAUCGUUAUAUCGAUGUUUACUUAUCAUUUUGGUAGUGUUCAAUAUGGCCACUACUAUAUCUUACCUGAAGAAGUAUGUGAACCAUGACUUGGCGCACUCAUAUGUCAAUAUGAUGCUGGCCAGCGUAUAUCUUCAAAGAUUAUUCUUACCAUUCCAGAAGAAGUAUUGUUUAAUGAUAAAAAGAUUCGUUUUGGACUUCCAUUUAAUACACCAUAAACACAAAUCGCAGUCAUUUUUACAGGUGUACGAAAGAGUCAACAGCAUUUGUGCCAUCGUUACAGCAGUGAGUGUGUCACACACAGCUGGCCUACCCAUGCUUUACAACGGCAUUCCCCUUUACAACAAUAUUAAAGCCGGCAUGUUCACCCACAGACCAGAAAAUGCCACAUUCCAGCACUCUGUCUACUUCGAUCUACCUUUCGACCAUUAUCGGACCUUAAAGGGUUACCUGGUCGUAUUUUUUUAUAACAUCUACGUGUCAUAUAACGCUACCAUUGGUAUUUGUAUGUACGACGCAUUGGUACUUGCCGUCGUGUUCCAUAUUUGGGGUCAUUUGAACAUACUUGUACAUGACUUGAAGAUAUUUCCUCUGACCCGUCAAGUCUUCACAAAGGGUCCGGUUCAGUUUACGCAAGAGGACAUGUUUGGUCGGCUAAAAGACAUUAUGAGACAUCAUCGGAUGAUUAAAGAUUUUAUGAAAUGCUUUUCAGAAGUGUUUAGUAUACCUUUAUGCUAUUACCUCUUGUUUCAACAACUAAGCGGUUGCGUCUUACUCUUAAAAUGUUCUUCGCUGGACCCAAUUGCUCUAGGGAGAUAUGGACUGCUAACAAUUAUGGUGUUUCAACAACUUGUAGAAACGUCUGUAAUUUUUGAACUUGUGAACUCCAAGAUAAUAAAAACAUCGUGCUCCUGUUUCAUCAUAUUAAGAACAUUGACGGAACAAUGA